CGAUAGAGGGUGGGAAAAAAAAAAGCAGAGGAACCACUGCUGUUUACAACAUAAUGGAGCCAAAAUGGUCAAAUAUCGUCUGCAAGCGUGUGUUAUUGACUGGAUUUACGCUAUGUGUUGUAUUAGUCACAAAACCUUCGUCGGCAAUCGACAUACACGCUGACCCUGAGGUGAUGAUGCAGAACGGCACCACGGGAACUCUUCGAUGCACCUUCAAGUCCAGUGAAGUGGUUAGCAGCUCCACCUCGGUGACCUGGAGCUUCCAGUCGAGUCAGCCCGACAAUCAGUUCUCCAAAGCGCCAUACGUGAUUUUCUACUUCUCCAAUGGGAAAGGAUUCCCAGGACAAGAUGAGUUCAAAGACAGGGUGCAGUUUAUUGGAGACAUAAACAAGAGGGACGUCUCGAUACAGCUGAGUCCUGCUCAGUUCAGCGACAACGGGACCUUCUUCUGUGAUGUGAAGAACCCGCCUGACGUGACGGGAACACCAGCACGAACGGAGCUCAGGGUCGUUCUGAAAGAAUCUCUUCCUCAGAGCAACACCGCCAUGAUAGUUGGAGCAGUCUGUGGUGCUUUACUUUUGCUCGUCCUCAUCGCUGUAGCUGCCUGCAUUGUCAUGAGGGUGCUUCACAACCGCCAUGAAUAUGAAGGAUGUACGACCUUGGAAAGCAUGAGCUCUCAGGCUCCCAAACCACGAAAGAAGGUGGAGUCCAACCUGGAGGGCUCCAGGUCUACCAUUCCCUCGGGUCCACUACAGGGCCCGGUGAUAUAUGCCCAGUUGGAUCACUCAGGCAGCAAAAACUCAUUCCACAAGAUGGAGCCAGUGGUCUAUGCUGACAUUCGUAAAAACUGAAGAGGAACUGGGGACCAAAAGCAUAAAAAUAAAAACACAGUAAAGUAUCAGACCUCUCUAUCAGCUGCUCUUGGGAAGGGUGGGAAUAUAUCAACAGGGACAAAAAUCGGUGCAAAAUUUUAUUUUAUUUUUUUCUCAUCUUUUUGUCCUCUGAAAGCAUGAUGCUGUUAAUAUGAUAAAGUAAUGUCUCCAUGUGCUUUUGUUGUAUAGACAAAAAAACUGAAGCAAAGAAACACUUUAAUGGACACUACAUCACUCCAUCAGCCUUUAAAUUGUUCAAAAUACGAAUGCCUUCAUCAAUAUCAUUCCACAUGUUAAGAUGUUUAAUUUUGAUUUGUAGCUUUGUGCCUACGAAUGGUUCUGCAGGUUGUUGCACCAGCUGAACACAUGUUAAACUAUCACUACUAAAACUACGCACAUAUCGUACAUGAAUCAAAACUAAUCACAUUGCAUAAAUUGACAUGACGAACUUUUGGGGGAAAGUGAGGCAUUAAAAAUAUACAGUUUAUCCUGUUGCAUGUGAACGAGCUAACAUUAGACAACACUAGGGUUGUAGCGUGAUAGAAAAGCUGACGGUUAACAUAUCAUGUACAUUUGCUUAUUUAUGUCUCUGUCUAUCGAAGAAUCUCACCUUUUAUGUUAGUUAUUUUUAAAGGAUAGACUUCUUACACAUACUGACAUUAACAAAAUGGUUUCAAGUUUCAAUUAAAGUAAUAAAACUUGUGUUGAACCAACAAUAGCCCAUCAGUUUUUAUCCCUUUAAAGGUAAUUCUGAUUGAUGAUAAUAUAAAUUCUGUAAUACUGUGAUACCAUGAAAUUGCGGUAUUUUCCAAGACGGUUAUUAUACCAUUAAAAUAUCUCAUGAAGGACACACUACGGUCGUGGAAAGCCAGAAUUCCCCGCUCCUGUGAAUGCACCUAAAAAUCACACGGGCAUGUAAUAAUGACCACAAAACAUAAAGGGAGCUAUAACAAACAGUGUGUACCCUAAUUUAAAUAUGAAAGAAAAAUGUUCAUCAUCAGUCUGUUUGGAGAAUGGUUGAUCAGGAAUGAGUAAAGCUGGAUGGACAUUAUAUGAUUUAUUGAUCUUGUAUGCUCUGUGCUUACACUGUGCGGUUCAGUCAUGAUUCAACAUUUCAUGACUUGGAUGCUCACACUCCACACAGAAAGCCUAAUCGAUGUCCAAUCAUUUUUAUUUAAACAAGGUGGCUGCAUCCUCAAUAAUGUUAAUUUAAAAAGGGAAAGGCAGCGUUACUUUGUGUAAUUGUACUGAAGACAAAAAGACCAUGGACAAAAUGAAUGGCUGUAAGAUGGGAAGAAGUCUGCGUGACAGCUGCAUGUGUGUUUAUUCUGUUUAAACCUGAUUAGGGUACACUAAUAUUAUUAGUAUUGUACUGUUUGUAGAAUUAGAUUCCAGUGGCUAAGUAGGAUUGUGUCCAAAUUGUGAGAUUAAAUCAUUGGCAAGUCUAAAUAUAUCAGAAUAAAAGAUACGUGUAAUAUAUUUAUGCAGCCCUAUCCAAACAUGUAAAAUACUACUCCCAGUAAUAUUUAAAGCAGCUCACAACAAUAAAUAAUGGAUCGUUUGGCAUCAGACCACUGAGCUGCUCAAACUUUAAAUCAGUUAUUUUAUUCAUUAACAGUUUCUUUCUGGUAGAAAUCUGCCCUGAUUUUAAAAUUAGUCGCAGCACACCAAAGCCUCACAUCAAAGUCUGUUUACAGGUCUUCAAGAGCACUAAUGCAUAAUGGCUAAAGGCUGCAGGCCACAUUACCGCUACUAGCCUAACGCACCUGAAUUCAGGAACAGUCAGUUAGUGGCGGAGUGGAAUUAUGGGCAAUGUAGGUGCCAGGGUUUGAUGGGGAAGAAUAAUACGUGGAAUAAAAAUCUUAAUCUGUACAGUGUCUUUCUAGCGUUGCACUUGCUUCACAUUUUACGUUGUGUCUUAGCUCUAUGUUAUAACUCACUGUUAUGCUGAAGCCUAUUUCUGUAAAAUUAAAGCUUUACUCUUUCAUGACACUCCAUAUAAAGCUGGUGCAACAGGCUGCUGAAGCCACAGUUCAUCUCCAUUGUUGGGCAGUUCCAUAGUGAUCUUGUUUUGUCGGGGCAAAUAAUGUAGAGUUAGCUUUUACAUUUGCCUUCAGUAACUUUGCAUGCAGUUAAUAACGACACCUACAGACUAAAUCUGGUACUUCUCAGAUAGUUGUGACGCAGAAGAAGACGUCUGACAUUGUAUUACUGUGAAUGCUUCAGUUUUCUGUAGAGUCCUGGCAUGUUCUUGUGGUACCUUUUAAAGACACUGCCUCCCGUUUGAUUUUCACCUCAGUGGAACACGCUCUUUAAGCACUUCGUGUUUCCACGGUUGCUCUGAGCGUCUGUAUUUUUUUUUGGUUUGUUUAUUCAAAGUGCAUGUAAACAAACAGGCAGUGCACCCCAGGUAGAGGUUUUGUGUUCUGCCUUUUUAAGGGUGUGAUUCAAAAGAAUAAAAAAGAAGUUUAAAGUGAUAAUUACCUGGGCUUUAUUUCAGCUUAGUUUUGAGUAAUUCUGAAAUGAAAACAAAAUGUUGAACUGUUAAACUGAGGUGAAAUAUCUCCUUCUAUGAAAACUGGGAGCUCUCAUUUGUUGGACAAAACGAAUGCUAAAUACACUGUUUGCAUGCAAUUUACUAACAUAACAACCAUUAUUAUGAAAAUAUCCAUCCUGUUUUCCAUCUAUGUAUUGUGUAAAGUUCUUUUUUUUAAACUAAUGGGCCAAAUAUCUAAUAUCAUUAAGUAAUAUUUCUGUUUUCAGAUGCUUUUAAGCUUUAAAAUGCAUUCCAAAUUUGUAUGAUUUUUAUUUUGUUUGAAGCAUUUAAAAGCCAAAUUUAUGUUAUGAUUCUGUUCGUAAACGGUGUGGUUACCUAUGAGAAUGAUAUUUGUGUUGCAACCAGUCUAAAUGCCUUCAGCUUCAGCUUGUGAUUCAGAAUGCAGUAAAUUUCCAUGUUGACCAGUAUUUGUAUAUAUUUCCUGCUCAUGUAAGAUAUAGUGCUGUUUACUGUAACUCAUUCCAGUGUGGUGUGGCUGUGGAUGUCUUUCCAGAGAAGGAAAGCAGUUUGCUGUAGAGGUCUAGAAAGUUGGUGGCAUGCUUCAUGUUUUCUCGUCUUUCCUUUUAAAGUCUUAAUUAUUUGUCAGCGAACACACCAAUGUUUACAGUGCCUGCAGGAAGUGUUGAGCCUAUCGACUCAAAAUGGCUUGAAUGAAAUUUUCUUCAGUCAACAGUGUGCAAAAACAACCUCCACAAAAUGAAAGGAGCUGUCUGCGACAUUCAGAACACAUAUGAUUCUCAACAUGGAGGUCGCUGAGCCGGCGGCUAGCAGCUAACGGUGCUAACUCAAUAAACAGUGCUAACAACGGCAACAGUGCAGAAAGAGUUGUCAAGCUGUGGGGAGCCAGAGAGUGGGCGUUACACUUCAGUGAAGACACAGUCCUGUUGUCAGUGAUAACAGCUGUAUGAGUGCAGUGCAGAGUGCCGUCAAUUAGCUACCCAGGUGGACAUUCUCACAGGGACUCACAGGGACUCACAUGCACAUGCGGCCAGACUGUGUGACUUCAUUCUCUGGUCAGGACGCCAUUACAUCACCAUAUCUCGACACGGCAUAGCGUUUUUCAGCCAUAUUAAUGAUCUGAAUGUCAGAUGCAGCUCCUUCUGUCAUUUUUUGAGCUAUAAGGCUGUUUGUUUCAAUGCCACAUUCACAUUAAACCCAAAAGAUUGGUUAGUUUAAUACA